AGAUGCUGCUGCUUCUCUAAUGGUGGGUUUUGUCUUGUCAAAUUAGGGUUUUCAAUUUUGAACACAUCUACCCCCUUUUUUCUCUGUGGUCAUUCAUCGAAGACGACGCUGCGAAAGCCCUACAUUACUGGUUGAAGGUGAGUUUCUGUGGGACAAUAUGUCAUCACCAUAUCCAAAACUUGACAAUCGAACAAUUGAUCAGUGGAAGGUUACAGAGUUGAAAGAAGAGCUUAAGAGGCGCAAAUUGACAACCAAGGGUUUGAAGGAAGAUUUGAUAAAACGUUUGGAUGAGGCGAUUCGAGUUGAAAGGGAAGCUGCCGAGAGGCUUGAACGGGAAAACGCAGUGAGGCUUGAAAGGGAAAACGCAGAGAGGCUUGAAAGGGAAAAUGCCGAGAGGCUCGAAAGGGAAAAUGCCGAGAGGCUUCGAAGGGAAAAUGCCGAGAGGCUUCAAAGGGAAAAUGCCGAGAAGAUUGAACGGGAAAAUGCUGAGAAUAUUAUAGAGGGUAAUGAUGAGAAAGUGGAUAAUGGUUUUAAUGUUGAUGGAGAGCCACAUGGAGUGGAUGCUAAAACAAGUACAGGCUUCAUUGAUGGGCAGGAAAAGGCCGAAAAUACUGUCAUCGAUGGCAGUGCAGAAGCAUUGAAUCAAGGCAAUUUUGAAGAGGAUUAUGUUCUUGUGGAUAAACAGGAUGCUGCCAUUGUUGGAGAGGAGUUGAUUGUGCAAUCCACUACUGUUGAAACAACUGUCACAGUCACUGAGAAUGUGGUAGCAUAUUUAGAUUUAGGUGGUGAAGGUUCACAGAACACUGAAGCUAAGAAGAUAAAUGAGGAUCCAAAGCCCCAGCUGGAGAAUGAGGAUCCAGUGCCCUUGCUGGAGAGUCUGGAUUCAAAGCCCCAGUUGGAGAAUGUUGAUCCAAAGCCCCAGCUGGAAAGUGAGAGUUUAGAUGCUACACCCAAGGAUGCCAUGCUCGACUCUUCUGCCCCAAACUACCAGGUAUCUGAGGUCAGCACUGUUUUAGGGUCUGAAGUAAAAUAUGAUUAUAUUUCUACUGAUAGUGUGUCAAUUAAUGAAAAGACUGAACUAAAGGAUAAUAUAAUUGCUGAUCAUGUCAAAUUAGAAUUAGAUGUUAAGCCGGAGAUGGUGGAACCAUCAUCCAGUGAUGUUGUCCCAGUCAAUGGUGAUUCACAUCCAAUGGAUGUUGAAGAGCCACCUGAGAGCAAGGCAUCUGUUAGAGAGAGAGAUGACAACUAUGAUACUAAUGCAGACAUUAGCAAGAAAAAUGAUAGUGCGGAUGUGGGGUACUCGGAAAAAUUAAAUUUAGAGAGAAGUUCUGGAGAUGAUUCUAUGGAUGAGGAUGUGCUGGACAAUAAACAAUUUGAUUCGAAGUAUAGUUCUGAUUAUGUGGGAGAUAAGGCUGAGAAAACUGAAGUUCCUACUGCAAUGGAGGAUAGUCAUGUUGAUGUUGUGGGAGAUGAUAUGUCCUCUGAUAAAGUGGAUACAAGUGAUGAUAACAAGAAUCAUCCAGCUCUUCCUGCUGAGAAAAGAAAGCUUAAUGAUAAAGCAGCAGUUGCAACCAAUGAGCCUGCUGUAAAGAGGCGCAGGUGGAACUCUGAAAGUUUGAAAGUUCCAGAGCCACAAAACUCUAUUCAAACACCUACCACCACACCCAAAGAUACUUCUCAAACCCCCAUUCUGAAGCGCAACUUCUCGAGAUCAAACUCUACAAUGAGUGAGGAUACUCCUAAGGAACGUGUUGUUCCUCCAUCGCAGAAACCACCAACUAAUUCCUUAAAGAUAGAUCAUUUUUUGCGGCCUUUCACCCUGAAAGCUGUGCAUGAACUUCUUGGGAAAACUGGGAAGGUUACUGAUUUCUGGAUGGACCAGAUCAAGACCCAUUGCUUUGUUACUUAUUCAUCUGUGGAAGAGGCCGUGGAGACACGGAAUGGUGUGUAUAACUUGCAGUGGCCUACCAAUGGAGGGCGCCUCUUAGUGGCGGACUUUGUUGAUCCUCAGGAAGUACAAACUCGGGUUCAGAAUCCUCAGACUCCUGUUACUCCAGUGAGUGCUCCUGUUGCUCCUGCUAUCUCGGCCACUGCGCAGCAUCAGCCUUCACCUCGUCUGUCUAGGCAGCAACUGCAGCAGCAGCUUCCACCUCCCCCCUCUCUCCCCCCUCCACCACCCCUGUCUAGCCUUCCCCCAAAAGAGCGGCUUCCUCUGCCACCCCCACCUCCUCUGUUGGAGAAAGUUGAUCCUCCGCUCGUCACUUUGGAUGACCUCUUCCGAAAAACUAAAGCAACCCCUCGGAUCUAUUACCUACCUUUAUCCCAAGAACAAGUAGAGGCAAAACUUGCGGCCCAGGGAAGAAAUCCUAAGCAGUAGUACAUGUCAGUUCAUGCUCUUCAGAUUUUCUGAUGGGUUUGGUCACUGAUAGAUAGUGGUAUGGUUUUUGGUUUUGAAUUCUCUGCUUUAUUUGUAGGGCCUGAGGCCAAGUUUAGUGUUAGUAAUUUCCUAACACUGAGCUAUCUUAAUGGGUUUAUGGAUCCAUUGUAUCUUCGUUCAGACUUCACUUUAGUUGGUUGAUUGUAACUUCUGUUGAACAAAUCUUUCCUAAAGUUGAUGAAUGUAGGACAUGUUGAUGUUUUCCAUAAUUUACCGUGGCCAGUCAAGUAUUGAACUUGAUCUGAGCUGCCCUAGUUUGUG